UUCUUUUUUGCUCUAUAUCUCAUCUCCUUUCUCUUUUACUCCCACAUGUUUUUCGUGUCCACUGAUUCUGCUUGCCUUCCCUGUCUUUACCAGCUAUUUUUUUUUUGCUAGAACUUUACAAGCUAUUUAAAUAAGCUUAAAUCCCAAAGUUUUAACCUUUAAGCCUUUUUUUUUCUUUCCUCUUUUCAUUCCCAUCAUCAAAUUCUCUUAUCUGUUAAGAAAUAAUGGGUUGUUGUCAGAGCAAGAAGAGAAUUCCAAAACCAGGUGGUACUAAUGCUUCUUCUGCUACUACUCCCUAUGGAUCAGCACCUGCCUCUGUUAGUACCGCCUCUCAUCAAACGUAUGAGCACCACCACCAACAACAACCCCAACAACAACCCAUUGUUCAAACCCAGAAAGUUUCAGUAGCCCCUGAAACUCAUUUCCCACCACCCAAGACCCGCCCAGAACCAGAGCCACAACCAAGGCAGCCUCCGCCGCCGCCGCCUGAGCAGCAGCAGCCCAGCCCUGUUUCUGCGGACCCAAUUCCCCCAAAUGCUAUUCUGGGUAGACCCUUUGAAGAUAUCAAGCAGUUCUACACUCUGGGGAAAGAACUGGGUAGAGGCCAGUUUGGGAUUACUUACUUGUGUACUGAGAAUUCAACUGGUGACACAUACGCCUGCAAAUCUAUACUGAAGCGGAAGCUGGUUAAUAAGAGUGAUAGAGAUGAUGUCAUGAGAGAGAUUCAGAUCAUGCAGCAUUUAUCUGGGCAGCCAAACAUUGUGGAAAUUAAGGGAGCCUAUGAGGAUAGGUACUCCGUCCACCUUGUGAUGGAGCUUUGUGCUGGUUUGGAGCUCUUUGAUCGGAUUAUUGCCCAGGGGAAGUAUUCAGAAAGGGAUGCCUCGGAGCUUUUCCGGGCCAUUGCCAAUGUUGUCCAUAUUUGCCAUUUCAUGGGUGUCAUCCAUCGAGAUCUCAAGCCUGAGAAUUUCUUGUUCUCUAGCAAAGAUAAAGGGGCAAUGCUGAAGGCUGCUGAUUUUGGACUGUCUGUUUACACCGAGGAAGGAAAGGUGUACCGUGAUUUAGUUGGCAGUGCUUACUACGUUGCUCCUGAAGUAUUGCGCCGACAUUAUGGAAAAGAAAUAGAUGUAUGGAGUGCAGGAGUCAUUCUGUAUAUCUUACUUAGUGGUGUACCUCCAUUUUGGGCAGAAACUGAAAAGGGAAUAUUUGCUGCCAUAUUGGAAGGGGAAAUUGACUUUGAAAGUCAACCAUGGCCUUCAAUAUCUACCACUGCCAAAGAUCUAAUUAAAAGGAUGCUUACCCAAGACCCAAAAAAGAGAAUUACUUCUGCACAAGUUCUUGAUCAUCCUUGGCUGAGAGAGGGUGAAGCAUCAGAUGACCCUAUAGAUAGUGCGGUUCUAUCCAGAAUGAAGCAAUUUAGGGCAAUGAAUAAGCUCAAACAGCUUGCUUUAAAGGUAAUUGCAGAGAAUCUCUCUGAAGAAGAAAUUAAGGGUCUUAAAGCAUUGUUCACCAACAUGGAUACUGACAAGAGUGGCACAAUAACAUACGAAGAACUGAAAUCAGGUUUGGCUCGUACUGGUUCGCGGCUGUCAGAGACUGAAGUCAAGCAACUCAUGGAUGCUGCUGAUGUGGAUGGAAAUGGAACAAUCGACUACAUUGAAUUUAUAUCUGCUACAAUGCAUAGACACAGACUAGAAAGAGACGAGCAGCUGUACAAAGUAUUUCAGUAUUUUGACAAGGAUAACAGUGGGUUUAUAACAAGAGAUGAAUUAGAGACUGCCAUGAAAGAGCAUGGAAUAGGUGAUGAAGCCAAUAUCAAAGAAAUAAUUUCAGAGGUUGAUACUGACAAUGAUGGUAGAAUUAACUACUCAGAAUUCUGUGUAAUGAUGAGAAGCGGGCACCCAUCUGCAAAGCUCAUUUAGUCUCAUUAAUUAGUGUUGGAACAUUAAGAGAUGCAUGUUAUCUUCCAAGUAAGCUGCUAGGUGUGUGGCUUGGCUGCGUCUAGAGGAAUCAGAGCUGGAACCUUUUCAACAUAGGGUGUGAUUCUGUGAUAUGGGUUGAACCAUUGUUUGAGAAUUGAGAUGGUUUUCUUUAGGAACCCUUUUUGCCAUCCUGAACCUCACAAUGAGCAGUUUUGAAAAUGCAAAGCUUGAGAGUUUUGGUUUAGAUCCAUUGUUGGUUGGAGUUAAGUUUAUAUGCACAUCUAGUUAUUGACAAUUACACUUUGUGAAUUACCAUGUAUGAGAUCAUUUGUUUUGCUCAUUGACCUGGAUAUCAUAAAAUGAUAUUGUAUCGAGUGAGGGAAGAAUUAUUUCUAUUUUUGGGCUUACACUGCCACUCUCUAUAUUUGUAAUAUGUUAUUAACUUUAUUGUGUUUACCCAACCAAAAGAAUAGUUAAAUAUGUGAAUUCAAUAGCAUUGAGGGAAGUAUUUGGAUA